AUGGAGCUCUUGCCCAGCCUGGGGCCGGAGACUUGGACCCUCCUAGUGGCCUGCAGCGUCCUGCUAUUGCUGUAUGGGAUAUGGCCCUAUACUGUUUUUAAGAAGCUGGGCAUUCCUGGACCCAGGCCCCUGCCAUUCCUUGGGACAUAUCUGGGAUGUCGAAAGGGAAUUUUUCAAUUUGAACUUGAAUGUUUUAACAAGUAUGGCAAAAUAUGGGGCAUCUAUGAAGGCAGACAGCCCGUCUUGGCCAUCUUGGACGCUGCCAUCAUCAAGACCAUUCUGGUGAAGGAGUUCUACACCCUCUUCACCAACCGCCAAAACUUCGGCUUAAAUGGAGACUUGGAAUCUGCUAUCAUCUUUGCAGAGGAUGAAAGGUGGAAGUGGAUCAGAGCCACGAUCUCCCCGACCUUCACCAGUGGGAAGCUCAAGGAAAUGUUUUCCCUCAUUAACCAUCAUGGAGAUAUUUUGGUGAAAAAUCUUGAGAAGAAAGUGGCUCGGGACGAGUUGGUGGACGUGAAGGAGAUUUUUGGGGCCUACAGUCUGGAUGUCAUCACCAGCACUUCCUUUGGUGUGGACACUGACUCCAUCAACAACCCUGAGGACGUUCUUCUCCAACGAAUUAAGAAGCUGCUCUCCAUCAAUGUCUUCACCCCUAUGAUCUUCUUUGCAGCAAUAUUCCCUUUUCUGAAGCCACUGAUGGAAAGGAUGAAUGUGACCAUAUUUCCACGGAAGGAGUUGAAUUUUUUUGCAAGUGUAACCAAGCGUCUUAAGGAACAAAGGCAAGAAAGUGGAUGCAGGGACCGUGUGGAUUUUCUACAGCUGAUGAUUGAUUCCCAGGCUGAGGUCGGCUCAGAACACAGUGAGGCAAGCCAGUCGCUGAGAGCUUUGACUGACGAGGAGAUUUCUGCUCAAGCCAUCACCUUCAUUUUUGCUGGAUAUGAGACCUCGAGCUUAGCCCUGAGCUAUGUGGCUUACAACCUGGCUACUCACCCUGAGACACAAGCGAGGCUUCAGGAGGAGAUAGACCGUGCCUGCCCCAGCAAGGCAAACCCCACCUAUGAGGUUCUCCUCAAGAUGGAGUAUCUGGACAUGGUGAUAAACGAGACCCUCCGGCUCUUCCCUGUGGGAGGGCGUCUGGAGAGAAUGUGCAAGAAGACCAUUGAGAUCCACGGAGUGACCAUCCCCAAGGGAACAGUGGUGAUAGUCCCCACCUACGUGCUGCACCGAGACCCUGAGUACUGGCCCGAGCCGGAGGAGUUCCGGCCCGAGAGGUUCAGCAAGGAGAACGAGCGGGCGAGGGACCCCUACGUGUUCCUCCCCUUCGGGGCCGGGCCCCGGAACUGCGUGGGCAUGAGGUUUGUUGUCCUCUCCAUGAAGGCCGCCCUCGUCUCGCUCCUGCAGAACUUCUCCUUGGAGACCUGCACGGAGACUACAAUCCCCCUGGAACUGAGCACCAACCUCCUGAUGCAGCCCAAAAAACGCAUCCUGCUGAAGCUGACCCCCAGGAGACGCUGCGCCUGA